AUGGAACUUAAUGUGUUAGAGCAUAGUAGUAAUAAACAGGCAGAAGUGCACACACCCUCGUACAGCUGUGCGUUUAAUUUGGUUGAUGAUCAAGAUGAGCUGGGGCUAGAGUUUGGGGGUCAGUUCCAGGCAUCUGGGACCGCAACUAGACGAAGUAGGUCUCUUUUACCUACUGCCCUUGUUCGAUUGGAGAUCAAUGGUAUUGAAAUUGGGCCAUUCUACGCAUUGUUGGAUUCAGGAGCACAGCCAAAUCUGAUUUCGCAUAACAUUUUCAAGGCAUAUCAAUUGCCUGCGGCUAAUGUCUGCAGGCACAUGGUGGGCAUAGAAGGGCAACCAUUUGUUGUCAAAAAGAAAAUAAGUGCUAGGGUUAUGCCAUGGUAUGAGUCGCGUCAAUAUAUUGAGGCAGAGUUUUGGAUAUUGCCUGGACAGGGUGGGCUGAAGCUAGUAGUGCCAUCUGGUCAGUCCAGCUUGACCAGAUUGGCGAAUCCGGGACAAGUGCCAUUUGCUAAUCCUUGUUAUUGGGAAUCACGUGAGGUGCAGAUUGUGCUAGGCGUGCAAGUGUUUGCAAAGUGUCUGAUUGGAUUAAUAGCCAGAAACUCGGAUAACACUACCAUGAUUGAAACGACGUUUGGUAUUGUUGUGCUUGGGCCAUACAUUGAGCCAAUGAACUAUGAGACUGGGACUGCUUUCUCCACUAUAGGUUGCAUUAGUCUUGAAGAGCUAGAUAAGAAAGUACAGCGAUUGUGGGAAAUGGAUCACGUCCGUGACUCACCAAUCCGAACAAAAGAGCAAGAGAUUGUUGAGCAGAUGUUUAUAGAUACGUAUUACCGGGAUGAUUUUGGACGCUUUGUGGUGACAAUCCCCAUAAAAAGUGCUAGUAGAUUAGGAAGCUCCCGUUCAAUUGCAUUAAAACAGUUUUUCUAUUUGGAAAAGAGAUUAGCUAGGGAACCCGAAAUUGCUCGGAAAUAUAUAGAUUUUAUGCGCGAGUAUGAGCGACUUGGACACAUGAAAGAGGCUCAGAAUAGUCCGCCUCCUAGUGAGCUAGUGUACUAUAUUCCACACCAUUGUGUGCUUAAGAAAUUUCGUGUUGUAUUCAACGCUAGUUGCAAGACCGAUGCAGGAGUUUCUCUAAAUGAAGUUCAAAUGCUUGGUGAGAAGUUGCAGCGUGAUCUUCCCGACAUUAUAAUGCGUUUUAGGCGGCAUAAAAUUGGAAUAAGCUGUGACGUGAAAAUGAUGUUCAGACAAAUACGAAUUAUUGAGAGCCAGUAUGACUUACAGCGGAUAUUUUGGCGGGAGAGUCCCAGAGAGAAGUUGCGUGAAUACUGCUUAACAGUGGUUACAUAUGGGAUGACUGCAUCAGCACAUUUAGCAGUGCGUUGCUUAAUUCAGGCAGCUAGGGAUCAGUUGGAAUAUUUUCCAUCAGCAGCUAGAGCUAUUAUUGAUGAUUUUUUAUAUGGAUGA